AUGAAGAGUCAUCAAGAAAGAAUAAAGAUUAUAAAGUAUGCAAUUACGAUUUCAAAGAUUUUUAAUUAUUCCUCAAUGUUUGAAGAAGAUACAAUUGCAAUUACCGAAUUACUUAAACAAUAUAAUGCUCUUAGUUUCUGGGACUGUGCAUGUGCUGCACCAAAUAUACAAAUCGAUAUGAAUCCGUUAAAUGACAGUAGUUUUAAAAAACAAUGUUCCUUAUAG